GGAGAAGGAAAGCCAAGCAGAGCAAGAGAUAGAGAGAAACCAGCAGCUAGCCAAACCAAAGCAUAGCAAGAUGCAGCACGCCAAGGAGAAGAUGAAGGACGGCGCGAGCGCCAUGAAGGCGAAGGCGACCAUCACGCAGGCCAAGGUGUCGGAGAAGGCGCAGGCGGCCACGGCGAGGUCGCACGACGAGCGGGAGCUUGCGCACGAGGGCGGCAAGGCCAAGGUCGCCGCCGCCGAGGCGGAGCUACACCAGGCCAAGGUGGUGCACCGGGAGGAGGCCAUGGAGCACCGCCUCCACAAGCACGGCCACGGCCACAAGAAGGACACCAAGCACGGCGGCGGCCACUGAUAAUACAGCGCAUGCCCGCGGACAUGGGCGUGUACAUGUCGUGUGUGACUGUGUGACCUCUUGUAAUUUUCCUUUUCUUACUUGCUUCAGUACGUGUUUGUGUUGACUUCAAGUUGGUUGUUGCUAUAGUUAAUAACAGGUCGACAAAGUUUAAUUCGUGUAUAAACUGCUUCAAUAUAUACUUGUAGUUGGGUUCGA